GGGUCGAACGCGCAGUGUUGGCGUCGUCAUCGGCGGAGGAAGAAGGGUGAGGUCAAUUUGGGCAGCGGCCAUGGAGGGGCCUGAGGCGGGCGGCGUCACUCUGGUGGUCAAGAGCCCAGCGCAGCGGCACCCGGACCUCCAUCUGCCGGCCAAGCGCGACUGGAGCGUCCGACGCCUCAAGGCUGAGCUCGGCCGCCUUCACCCGGACGCUCCGCCUGAAGACACUCAGAGGUUGAUUUAUUCUGGGAAGCUCUUGCAUGACCAUCUCUGCUUGGAAGAAGUGCUCAGUCAGCAGGAGACGGUGCACGUUCUCCACCUGGUGUGCAAUGGAAAGAGCCCGCCAAACACCCAAGAGCCUGCUGCAAAGAAUGCAGAUGCUGAGCAUCAGCCUGCUCCAGUUAGCCAUGAGCUUCUAGUACCUUCUUCAGUCCAUGCUUGGAGUCAGAGCGGAAACAUUUCCAACCAACCUGAUGCAGCAGGAAAUGCUGGUGAUCGAUCUCCACCAACACCACAUCCCUUUCAAGGCAUGAACCCUGGCUAUCCAUCUUAUACGACAUACCGCAUGCUGCAGUUUUGGUUCCAUCAGGUUUAUGCAAGACAGUAUUACAUGCAAUACAUGGCUGCAAACACUGCUGCCAGAGACGCCUCCUCCACACGAAGUGCCCAGGAGAUCCCAGUGGCCCGAGUGGCAGCGCCAGCUCCGCUUCCUCACCCGUUUCCUGUUGAAAACCAACCCAGAAAUCAAAACGCUCCGGCUCCGGCAAACCCAGGAGCCAACCAGAAUCUCCGCAUGAAUGCCCAAGGUGGUCCCUUGAUGGAGGAAGACGAAGAGGUCAAUCGUGACUGGCUGGACUGGCUUUAUUCUGCAACCCUUUUCUAUGUCUUUGUCAACAUCGUCUAUUUCUAUUCCAGCAUGAGCCGGUUUGCCAUGGUGAUGGUGGGCACCUUUCUGAUGUAUCUGCACCGCGUGGGCUGGUUUCCUUUCAGACGGGGGCCAGGUCAGCCUGCGCAGAACAACGUUCCUCUCCAAGGUGCUGUUAACCAAGACCAAAAUAAUAACUUACAGCAGGAAGAAAACAUAGAUGAACAAGAGGAAGCCGAUGCACCCAGCGCCAUACCAGAGAGCCAGCCAGCUGCACCUUCCUUUGCGAGCACCGCCUGGCUGUUCUUCAAGAGCUUCUUUGCAUCACUUCUCCCCGAGGGACCUCCAGCUGUCGCAAACUAAACGGCUGCUUGCUUGCAAACCAUCAAGUGACUGCAGUUACCCACUGAUACUGGACACUAGCUGGAAGGCUGAAGUGACCAGGUGGUGUUGGAUAAAAAGAAACUGAAGAUGAACACAACCAUCACAAGACAAAAUGUGGUGGUGGUUCAGUAAACUUAUAUAUAUAGUGGAUGCUGAAACAGAGGAUCUGCGACAUUUUGUAAUUCUGUACUUAACACGAGUAAAGCUUCAGGUGGGCAGGAGCUGGAGAAGCAGAUUGCUCCUGCCAGUUACUUGAUUCCUUUUGGAAUGUGUCUUAAUACUCUUAAUUACACCAAGUGUAGUAUCUUAUGCAACCAGCGAAUUGCUAGAUGGGUGUUACAAAGAAUUUACAGGGAGGAUGUAUGCCAAAGACAGAACGACCCCAUACUUAUCCCUAUAUACGCUGCAUUUGGAAGAUCAAAAUAGCUUACAAAAGAAGAGGCUGUUCUUACUAUACUAAACAGGAUAGUGAGAUCUUCUUCCACAGCAUUAGAACGAGAGCUGUUUCUCUCACAGGUUGAGCCAAGUGUUCAUCUCUUAGAUGGAGCAACUGUGUAAACCCUGGUUGCUCCCAGGCCUUUCUGCAAGAAGGAUUCUGUAUUCGGUGCAUGCAGUCAAAAUAUAUUUGCAGGCCUUUCUUCUGUCACAUUCCCAACUCGGGAGGCUCCUGUGCACCGAAGUAUUGGGGGAGCUGGCAUUUCUCUUCCAUAUGCUGCAGCCUUAAAUUUCAUCUUUAUAAUUAUACUGCGGAUUGACUGCAGAGUAGAGAAACUUUCCAGUGCUGCUUUGCCAAAUAUGCUUUGGGCUGGAUGCAUAUGUGUGAAAAGCUGUUAGA